GCCCCAGCUGUCUGGCUGGAAAAGAACUCUGUGGGAUGAAGAUUGAAGAGCAGGUAAAGUUGUCUUUUUCUUCAGUGGCUCCUGUCUGAAGUAGAAAGAAACAGGAACUGUGUGUCAGACUGAAGAGCCUUUGUGAAAGGUGCCCUGGCAAGAAGAAGAGGUGUGUCCCUUUGAAUUCUUGGCUUGGGCUCUGAUACCCCAUUUACUUGUUGGUGAAACCAGAAGCAGCACUGAAGACUUGAGGCAGUUCAGCCUCACAGUCUUACAGGAUUUCUGAGGCAGAAGAAACUUCAUUCCAUAGAUGAACCAACAGCCCCUGAUAGGAUGAUGUGCCCAAGGUCACCCAGCCAAGAUGCUGAGCAGGACUGAACAUCGGAUUGGUUGACACUACUGUGCAUUCCAUUCAGAUUAAGGGACUCUUUGUGUGGUAGCUGUGAGGUAGCUCUUGGUGUCUGAUGUGGCACUGAUGCUUUCUUGAACAUCAGCUCUCCAGUGGAUAGUGAACCUGUCUUCAAGUGAUGUGUGGCUGUAGCUGCCCUGCCCCAGCCAGCUGCAGGCCCCACCCUUCCUGUAGCCAGGCUGAUGGGCCUUAUCUCUUCACCCACCCGGCUGGGUGCAGCACUCCUACUGAGACCUGCCUUGGCCAGGGUAGGCCUUGGGGCUCAGUGUCCUGGUUACUGCCGCUGCUACAGCAGAUCUUAGUGUUGUUUCCCUCUGGUCUUUGCUUCUCUGGAUCUCAGAAAAGAGCAGAAGGAAGAAGACGGCUCAAAGAUGAGAGUGAUUCGAGUGGGUACCCGUAAAAGCCAGUUGGCUCGCAUACAGACGGACACUGUUGUGGCAAUGCUGAAAGCCUUAUACCCUGGCCUGCAGUUUGAAAUUGUUGCUAUGUCCACCACAGGGGACAAGAUUCUUGACACUGCCCUCUCCAAGAUUGGAGAGAAGAGCCUAUUUACGAAGGAACUGGAAUAUGCCCUGGAGAGGAAUGAAGUGGACCUGGUUGUUCACUCCCUGAAGGACCUGCCUACUGUGCUACCUCCUGGCUUCACCAUUGGAGCCAUCUGCAAGCGAGAAAGCCCCUACGAUGCCGUUGUCUUUCACCCAAAAUUUGUGGGGAAGACUCUACAAACCUUGCCAGAGAAGAGCGUGGUGGGGACCAGCUCCCUUCGGAGAGCAGCCCAGCUGCAGAGAAAGUUCCCACAUCUGGAGUUCAAGAGCAUUCGGGGCAACCUCAACACCCGACUGCGGAAGCUGGACGAACAGCAGGAGUUCAGUGCCAUCAUCCUGGCUGUUGCUGGCCUGCAGCGUCUGGGCUGGCAGAACAGAGUGGGGCAGAUCCUGCACCCUGAGGAGUGUAUGUAUGCUGUGGGCCAGGGGGCCCUGGGUGUGGAAGUCCGAGCCAAGGACCAGGACGUCUUGAAUCUAGUGGAUGUGUUGCAUGAUCCUGAGACUCUGCUUCGUUGCAUCGCCGAAAGGGCCUUCCUGAGGCACUUGGAAGGAGGCUGCAGUGUGCCAGUGGCGGUGCACACCGUGAUGAAGGAUGGGCAACUGUACUUGACUGGAGGAGUCUGGAGUCUAGAUGGCUCAGAUAGCAUGCAAGAGACUAUGCAGGCUACCAUCCAUGUCCCUGUCCAGCAUGAGGAUGGCCCAGAGGAUGAUCCCCAGCUGGUCGGCAUCACUGCCCAGAACAUUCCACGAGGAGCCCAACUGGCUGCUGAGAACUUGGGCAUCAGCCUGGCCAAUCUGUUGCUAAGCAAAGGAGCCAAAAACAUCCUGGAUGUCGCACGGCAGCUUAAUGAUGUCCAUUAACUGGUCUGUGGGGCACAGGUGCCUGGGUCGCUUUACUGUGCCUGUACCUGGCCUUCAGUGCCUUGUGCUAACUGGGGAGUGAUUACCCCAAACUGCAGGAUCUGAGACUUCAGAGCUUGCCAGCUGCCUUGCCUGCUUCCUCUUUAGAGGGGGGCUUCAUCUCUUAAAAGAAAAAGUGAAUGUAACCAGCUCUAAUAACCAGCCCUGAAGUUUUUUUGGUGGGGUUGGGUUAAGACAUGAAUAAACACAAAACCCUUUAA